CCUUGAUGUCUGCAUCAACUUGGGAGGAGACAUGUUCACUCCUUCCGCUGUUACAAAGAAAUCCUUAAAUCCCUCCUCUACAAAAGGCAAAUCUAGUAGAAAGAACACUACUGACUCUGCCAUUCCAGGUACAAAUCGUCCUAAAGUGCCUGAAACCCAGAAAUUAGACAGUUGAACCCGAAAGCUCUAAAUUCUUUGGAAAUGAGAGGAUCGACCAAUAGCAAAAAGAGUGGCAGUAAUGCCUAUAAAAGACCUGGAAGAAAGAUGUACUACUGUGCCAAAAGAAAAUACCAUAAAAACUUGAUUAACAAAAAAAUAGGAGGAAGUAAAAGUCCAUCUAAAGGGAAGAAAAAGAAGAUGAAUUCGAAAAGUAGUAUCUUGUCUCCAAUAAGAUACUCUUUCAAUCAUAGUUCAAAGCCAAAAGCAGAGAGAAUGAGUCAGAAGAGUUACUCAGUCUGUAGUUAUCUUCCGAAGAAAAGUGUUAAAGCCAAAAAGAAGAGCUCUACAGAAAGGUCUCAGGAUGAGGAUAAAAUACUUGAGUCUAUUAGCACUGUUUCUUCCUUAAUUUCAUCGAUAUCAUCCUCUAUGGAAAAAUGGAACCAGCUUAAUAAUUCAAUUGAAAAAUGAAUUGAUGAUCCUUUGAAUUAUGAAGAAGAGGAUCUAAUAGACUUAGAAGAGAUGCAAAUAGAUACUACAAUAACCAAGAAAGACAAAGAUCUGGAGCCGCUUGAGGCUUGAGAGCCCAUUGAAACCAUCUUACAACCAAUGGUUAUGACUCCAAUGAAUUCUCAAGGUUACUCUAACUUAAUAAGAAGAACUCCAAAAAUAGUUAAAAAUCCGAAUCUGCACUAUAAUAAGAGAAUCAAGAAGAAGAAUAAAAAGGGCCUUACCUUGACAGAUUCCAAUUUUAAAUAAGAUUUUAGCCAGAAAUAAGAAGAGCCAUAUUGAUAAUACUGACUUUUUCCCCCUCCCAUCUGAAUAUAAUGUCCCGAGGACUACUAAAGGAAUGAAAGUCAAAAGAGGAAGCUUUUCAGGAAGUCAUACAGGCAAGAAAUCAAGGCUCAAGGAGGAAAACGACAACUUGACGUUUACUGAUAAUAGAGGAAGAAACGAGACUUUGUUUGAGAGAACCCCUCAGACAUACAUGUACUCAAAAUAUACUUCAAGGAAGGCAAAGAUUAAAAACUCUAGUAUAAACUAUUCAGCAAUUGACUUAGUCAACAGGAUGAGUGAGGUCAAUAAAGCAAUGACUUGUAAUACUUAUGGAAAGAAGAAACUGAAAACCAAGGUAAAGAAGAACCAUCAAUCAUCAACAGCUAGAGGGUCCAAGAAGUCUUCCAUCCAAGGAAGAAGGAGCUUAUUUUAGUUAGAAAUUCAAUACUCA